UACUGAACCAUCACCGUACUUACGAUUACCUGCAUCGAUUACAGUCCCGCCGUGUGAUCCACCAGAUCCACCGGAGCGGAGAUGAGCCGCUGGGGGUGGAGAGACGCCCCCGCGACUCCGGCAGAAGGAGAAUCCUCAGACCGGAGAGAAGUUCAUUACCACCGCCAAGUGUCUGCACAGCAGUUCGUGUGUGAGAACUAUGAUGAGGAGAUUGCGAGGAGAGCGCAAGAGAAAGGCUGCAUUGACGUCGUUUUUCCAGGGAGUGUGACACAACAUGGCUGUUACAGACUCGUCUGUGAGCUUCUUAAAUGUGUCCUGUACCAGAGACAGCAGCUGCCCAUGACCUAUGACCAGAUGGUCUUCCAAAAGCAGCAGCUUGAAACCACACAGCUGGAGGAAGAAGCUGUUAGCAAAUCCAUCAGGUCAUCAGUGGACUCAACUUGGCAGCGGACACUGCGAGACCUGGAUGAGGUGCUUAGUCACCUGGAGGAUCUCUUUUCCCUCAGUCAUGUCCCCCGUGUGAUCUUCAUGCUUGGACGCUCUGUGAAUUUUCCCAUUGAGUUAUACGAGAUUAACAUGGAGGCUUUGGUGCGUGUUGGCGGCGACAGGAGUUUAAGAACCUCCCAGUGUUUGAGGCAGGUGUUUCAGACCCUUUUUGUGGCAGAUUUGCUUUCUGAUAUUAAGCCAGUGUGCCUCAUGGGCACAACGGUCAUGGCACUCGCCCAUCGGGACUGUGGAGUAGAAUGGUUUAAGCCUAAAAUUGACUUCAGGCUUCCCACAAGUUUAAAGAGACGGGUAAUAAUGUUAGCCAGUAGGGGGUCUAAAAGUGGCCAAACAAAGCCUGACACUACAUACGGGGAUAAUUAUAUAUGGUUUCAAACGCCUGUAACUAUUAAGGGGUUCUGUAAAUGAUAUGGGAAUAAAGCCAGAUGUGUAUGUGACAGCCAAUGGAUUUUCGUUAAGGGGAGCCCCUGAAGUGGGCUCUGAGCGUUUUUGGCUGAGAAUGUCAUUCUUGAAUAAUUAAAGCAA